GUCCUUUAUAAAGAUAAAAUAUUAUCAACAGUUGAACACAAUGAUUUUUCAUUGAUGUUCUCAUUUUUUUUUUUAGCUUGUGUCUUUACUUCUCCUGCCCCACCUUUUCUUCUUCAUUACUAUUAGCAUCAGUGAUGACAAAAUUAUUUUAAACUACAAUCAUUGUCAACACCAACAUUUAACAUCUGUUUUCCAUGCUUGUCUGGAUUGGGUUGGACAGUUUGACAGGAGCUGACAGUUUGACAGGAGAUGACAGUUUGACAGAAGAUUGCACCAAGCUUGAUUGUCUGUUUUAACAUGGUUUUUAAGGCUGGAUGUCCUUUUUUAUGCCAACCACUUUACAGAGUGUACUGGAUGCUUUUCUGUGAUACCAGUACCAGCAAGUAAGAGUAGUAUGGGGGCAUAUGCUGUAGCAACAUAUCGCUGCAUCCUCCAUUUAUUGGGGAUUCCCUACUUCUGGUAGAUGACUCCUUUGCACCACUCAAGUGACAACCCUCCAAUGCAUGGGUCUGUUUGGAUAAUUGUUGCUGGUAAGGAUUUUAUGAGGUAAGAGGGCAAGUCCUACAUCAACCUCUUUCAGUUGCCUUUUAUGAUUCACAGACGAAACGUUGAGUCUAUUCUUUGACAAGCUGGGUCCCAAACAGCACUGGCAAGAUUGCCAGGUAACUCACAAGGCAAGACCUGUCAACUGUGAGGAGUAGGGUUUCAAGGGAGGUGGCUUUGUGCCAGAUGAUGUGAAGUUGAAGUUUGAAUAGAGGGACAGAAAUAAGUGUCAUGCAUUGACCCUUUAGUAUUCAGAUUACUCUGUCAAAUGUAAUGAUUAUUUAUUUACAUUACUUUAAAUUAAUCAUGCAUUUUCUUAUGGCUUUGAGAUUUCGAUGAUGUGAUUGUGUAUUUUUAGAAUGAUAAUGUAGGAUUGCAGUGAGAGAACACAUUUGGCCAGUUUUAACAUAAAACAGGUAGAAUAUUUUGGCCAGGUAUGGCCGGUUUAGGGUUAGGGUUAGGGUUACUGUAUUUACAUACAUUUGGCAGAGUAAUCUGAACACUAAAGGGUCAAAGAUGAUUAUAUUAAUACAAUGAGAUACCAGAAAAUAUGAUAUGUAUGCCAGAAAAUAUGGUACUUUUUCUCAAAGAUGUCUUUGUGAAAUUAUGUGAUAAUAACCUUUUUUUUUUAAAGAAUUCUCUUGAUCAUUUGCAAAGAGCAAUUAAAGGACUUAUUGUCAUGACUGAUGAACUAGAGCAGAUAUAUAUCUCUUGUUUGAACAACCAUUUACCAAAAGUAUGGUCAGGAGUUGCAUAUCCUUCACUGAAACCACUAUCAAGUUGGAUAACAGACCUAAAUUUGCGCUGUUCUUUUAUGGAAUCGUGGAUUAAAUCAGGAACACCAUAUUCUUUCUGGAUUUCAGGAUUCUUUUUCCCUCAAGGGUUUUUAACAGCUGUACUACAGAAUCAUUCACGAAAAUAUCAGUUACCUAUUGAUUACCUGUCAUUCAAUUUCAAUGUCUUACAUGUUCAAAACCCUAAUGAAUUCAGAGGAUCGGUAAAAACUGAAACUUCUGUUGAAGACACCCAACCAGAUACUGAAAAAUCGGAUGGUGUGUUUAUACAUGGAUUAUUCAUGGAAGGUUUCCGAUGGGACAAAACUGAAAUGCAUGUUAUAGAUUCACAGCCUGGAGAGAUCCAUUCACCGUUACCGUUAUUGCAUCUAAUACCUGCAAGAGAUGUCCAGCAAAAGGAUGAAACUUAUUGUUGUCCUAUUUAUAAAACAGCUUUGCGAGCAGAUGGUUUAUCUUCAACAGGACGAUCAACCAACUUUAUUACUAGUGUGUUCUUGCCUACUAAGAAACCAGAAGACUACUGGAUUGCUAACGGAGCUGCUUUGCUUUGUCAACUAAGUGAAUAAAAUAUACAAAAUAAUAUUGCUGUGUUGCUAAUAACUGAAUUUAAAUUUCUAUGAAAAAUGAAAUUUGUGCUAAAAAUACAAACUCUUUUGAUAUUCAAUAAAUCAGUAUUUAUAAAUUAA